AUGGGUUCUGGACAACAUGAAGUCCAGCUGUAUGGUAUAGCUGUCCUGGUCAUUAUUGGAGUGCUAUGGAACACAUUCAACUUGAUAACAACCAUGUUCCAGCAGUGGAAGGCUGGUGGUGUCCAGACUGUGGGACUGAUCAUCUCCACUAUCUCCCUGGGUAAUGUUUUCCUGCACCUCUCCACCUUUGGCAUCGUAGUCACUAUGUGGCAUGGGGUGUUGUGUUGGGAUGAUCUACCCAUGUUCUUCUGUGUCAUGUUGUAUGUGUGGCUGAGCAGUAGCUAUUUGAGCUUCUGGUCCAUCGCCUGGCUGAGUGUCCUCUAUUGUGUGAAGGUAGUCAACUUCACCUCUGAGCUGUUCGCUAAGAUCAAGACAAACAUCUCACCCAUCAUCAAUGUGGCUCUUGCAGUGACCUUCCUGAACUCCUGUGUGAUGUUUUCCCCCUUCUUCUCCCUUAAUUACCGUAACGAGUCAUACGUAACACCUGUGACAAAGAACACCACCUGUGUGAUUAAGACACCUCUAUUCCCCACUUGGAUCAACAUGAACCUUUAUGUGCUAGUCUUCAUCUGCUACCUGGCUCCGUUACCUGUGAUGGUGAUGGUUCCCUCCUCCAUCAGACUGGUGGUCCAUCUCUGCAAACACACGCUGGAGAUGAGAAAGAACAAGACCGAUGUUCAGAGUGCUGACUCCUACCUGCUGGUGUGCAAGCUUACUGUGGCCCUGGUGGGUGUCUACAUAACCACUCUGACCAUAAUCUCCCUGUUCUACCUCUCUAAACUAUAUGGCUCUGACAUUAGCAUUAACUCACUCCUGCUGGGUUACUCCUUCUAUUGCAUAGCAUCAGGUGUUCUCUUGACUAUCUCCAAUAAGAACCUGAGGGAGAAACUCUGGGCUCUUUUCUGCGGUACCAAGGCAUCAAAUGCAUCAAGCAAAAGCCUGAGUGGAGAAACUGGGGCAGCUUGA